AUGUGGUUACAUUCACUGUUAAUAUUUCUAUUUUCCACUAUCCUAUUCACUGAAGCUGCGCCCCCAGUGAAGAAGGACGUCUCCAAGACCAUUGACUUGAACAAGUUAUAUGAACCAAAUCCACCUGUGACAGAACGUGUCUACUUCACUUUACGUUAUAGGGACCCUACCACUGAAACAUGGAAGGAGCACGAUAUUGUCAUCGAUUUGUACGGUACUAUUGUUGAUAAGACCGCCAACAAUUUCAGAUCUCUAACUAGAGGUGUGAAAGUUCAACCACCUGGUGAAGAUAAGAAGAUUAUUCCAAUGGUUUAUAAGAAUACUCCCAUUUCUAAGUUGAUUCCAGGUACUCUUCUCCGUGCUGGUGAAGUGCUACCACAAGUGGGUCCAUUUUCCAUCUUUGGUCCAGCAUGGGCAGAUGAAAAUUUCCAAUUAAGACAUGAUAGACCUGGUAGAGUUUCGAUGGCUAACGCAGGUAAACCCGACUCUAAUAAUUCUGAAUUUUUCAUCAUGCUUGAUGUGGAACCUCACCCUGAGAUGGAUAAUAAGAAUGUUGUUUUUGGUCAAGUCACUACCGGUCUAAAAGGUUUAUUGGAUGAUUUACAAUUUGCCGCCAUUGACGAAAACUACAAGCCUUUACAAGAUAUUACAAUUGUUAGAUCUGCUGUGGAAGACUUGAAAGUUGAUAAGACUAAGGCCAAUGCUAAAUAUUUGGAAAACGUGGCUGCCUUUAGAAAUGGGGAUUUAACCAAGGGUAUCACAUUGGCUCCAUUAUUGAAAGAUGCGGAACUAAGAGAAGAUUCGGAUAGUAGAAUUGCCAGUAUUGAGGGCAAUGGUGCUGCUAUUUUCUUUAAGAAAUUGUUGAUUGUUGCUGCCGCCUUUGGUUGUCUAGGUGGUGUUUACAAAUACAGGGACGUUUUUAUUCCAAAGUCCAAUAAAGUUGUAUCAUUAAGACAUGAUUAA